AUGCCUACCUUUCUUCCUACAAAGCCUGACGGGCCCUUCAUUGUUGAAGGAACUGGCGGUAUCCGCUUAGAGCUGCGGGAGUUCAAAAAGAACACCGAUCUCUGGAAUCUCUACCUCGUCGGCCUCUGGCAGUUCCAGCAGGUUUCUGAGGAAGAUCAGCUCUCGUACUUCCAAAUCGCUGACUUCGUUGCGCAGCAGUUCACCGCCGAAGAAGGCCGCGACAAGUAUGUGGAAGCUGCUAAAGGCUUCCACUGGGCUCGUCCUGGACUUCCAGUUUUUCCGGAAGAAGCAACUAACUCGGACAAGGCUCGAGUCAUCGUUCCGCAGAGCUUGCUGCAGGAAUACCCUGACUUGAACAAGAGUGCUGACGGAUCUGUUGAGAUUCAUAAUCCAUUGUUCUCCUACACAUUCCCAUCUGGUAUUGAUACCGAUUUCAAGAUCGAGGGUCUGAAGACUACAACCCGCUACCAGUCCAUCGGCAGUACCGCUGAACGAUCUGCAAGCGAGCAGCAAAUAGAUCUUCUAAGGAUGCUCACUCCGUACACACGAGAGGUCAAUCGUGAACUUCCCGUCGAGGGCAACUUGCGCGAAAGGGUUGUCUACCUGCUCAAGUCGUACAGUGUAUUCGACCAGGUGAGCCACAAUCAAUGGGAUCCCAACCGAAGACCUCGCCUUGAUGCCGAUGGGCGGCCUUCUAAGACCAGCGGCCAAGGUUUUGGAAGUAUUGAGGACAUACACAAUGCACUUCAUACUCUUGUUGGGGGGCAAGGGCGCGAUGCACUGAAUCGUCGUCGAACUGGUCAUAUGAGCAGGGUUCCCAUCUCAGCCUUCGACCCCAUCUUCUGGCUUCAUCACACAAAUAUUGAUCGCUUAGUGUCCAUUUGGGAAGGCUUACAUGCUAACCCCAAAGACCCAAAGGCUUGGGUGACUACCAAGGUAUCCGAAUUGGGUAACUGGACAACAGCACCCAACGCCGAAGAGGGGCUGACUACACCCCUUGCGCCAUUCUACAAGGACACCAAUAGCUUCUGGACGUCAGAUGAUGUCCGUGAUACUGUCAAGUUCGGCUAUGCCUAUCCGGAAACCAAGUCAUGGACUUUCAAUAACUCAGGUGACUAUCGCAAGGCCAUCCACAAGCAACUUGAGACCCUUUACCCUACUGGUUCACUUGCCACUAUGAUAGCUGCAAGCAAUGCAGGAGACCCGAAGCCAGAGAAGACACUUCGCACUCGUGCACAGAAAUUUGCUCGCGUGACCAAAAUCGAGAAGCCUACCACCGCAAUCACAGCCCUCUCUAUUGCCAAAUCUGUGUCGCAGCUUGAUGGUGGAUCAGAGCUGGCAAAUACUCUUCCAGAGGUUGAAGUGCCCAAAGUGAAAGUUCCCGAGGACCGAACUUUGCGCAAGCUAGUUCCUGAGAACAGCUACCUCGAGUGGCUUGUUAACAUAAAAGCCGUGAAGCAUACUCUUGGCGGUGAGUAUCUCGUCCAUAUAUUCUUGGGUCCUGUCCCGCCGGAAGAGACGACGUGUUUGUACGCUGUAUCCCCUAACCAUGUUGGAACAUUCUCUCCCCUGGGCCAAGACACCAAGACUUCUUGCGGCAAGUGUAAAUCCGACCAGGCAAGCAGAAUGGAAAUCACGGGCCAGAUUCCGCUUACCAUUGCACUGGUCGAGCGCUAUUUCGCCGAUGAGCUUGAAAGUCUUUCGGAGGCGCAUGUCAUCGAAUAUCUCCAGAAAAACCUCCAUUGGGAAGUCAUUGAUGGUUCGGGACAGCGACUUCAGGGUCACCGAUCAUCUGUUGACGGAUUGCUUGUUGGUGUCGUCAGCAACAAGGUGACUCUGCCUGGGGAUGGGAACGAAUUUGCCCGGUACUCCCAGGAUGUUACUGUUUAUCCUGAGGUCACUACCAAGGCGGAUGAAAGUGGCGGGCGUGCGGAGGGAACUGGUGUUACUGAGGACAACAAGUACUUCUAA